AUGUUUACAGGCACCUUGGCAGCACACAACAAGCGGUUUAUUGCGUCUGGUCAAAGGGCUGCUUCGACUUCAAUGCCGCUGUUUGAUACAGCGUCUUUCCAAUGGACGCCGUGGAGCGCAUGGACGAAUUGUGACGCAACAUGCGACGUCACUGGAUCUCACACGAAGACGAGACAGUGUGAAGAUAUGGACAAUGACGGAGAAAUGAGCGACAUCAUCAACUGCAUGGGAGCCAGCUCUGGUGGAGAUGACAAAAGGCGCCGGAAGCGUGGCAGCACCAAAGUGAUACAAACAGAAACCAAACCAUGCAACGCAACUGGCUGCCACGGUUCUUGGGGCGCAUGGACGAUGUACAGCACGUGCUCACAGUCGUGUGGUGAAGGGGUUUCUGUCCGCACGAGGAGAUGUGACAAUCCGGCGCCUGGCAACGGGGGCGCACCUUGCAACGGACUCGCACAUCAAUUCGUCAUAUGUAACGAAGGCCCUUGUCCAAUCGACGGUGGAUGGAGUAACUGGACAGCAUCGACUUGUAGUGUCACGUGCGGCCAGGGUGUCCAGGCUCACUUCCGGAACUGUAACAACCCCACACCACAGCAUGGCGGCCAGGCAUGCAUGGGCGACCACCUGAAGUUCAACCACUGUGGUGCUCCAUGUGCAGUUGACGGCGUAUGGUCUACAUGGACUAAUUGGACCACGUGCUCCGUCACUUCCGGAUCUGGGCUGCGCGUGCGCAUGCGGUUGUGCGCCAAUCCGGCGCCGAAAAAUGGUGGUGUAGCGUGUGCAGACGGCGGAUGGAGCAAUUACACGAGUCAGCCAUGUAGCGUUACUUGUGGAGACGGGGUAACUAUCGCCAUUCGCAACUGUAAUAAUCCUAGCCCCGCCUACGGAGGACAAGACUGCGAGGGGCUUUCUCACAAGUUUGAACACUGCAACAUAAGACCAUGCCCCUCGGUCACGGCUGAACAAGACGGAGGCUGGAGCGCCUGGUCAGAGUACAGCAACUGUAGUUCUACGUGUGGCUCCGGUCACCGUACUCGAGUACGCACCUGCACUGACCCGGCUCCCGAGGGCGGGGGUCAUGUGUGUGUUGGCCCCUCAUUGGACAGGGCCCUAUGUGAUAAUGGACCGUGUCCAGAUAAUAUCCACAUCUGUGACAGCAAGCUGGUCCAGUACGCGAUACAGACACAACAAGCUAUCUUGCCUUUACAAAAACCACCUUGCAGUAAUAUGGAGUUCAUCAGUCAGCAGAUGAUGCUUGUUGACCUUUGCUCUGCUCCGAGUGACUACAGCAACUGGGUGCUAGGAGAGGAUGUAAAGAUGGCUACGGAACAAUGCGAUAUCGGUGUGUUAGAGGUCACUGUUAAUCUUGCGCAUGUUGACAACAACAUUUAUACAGUCACGUGGUGA